AUGGCAAAGGGAUUCUUCGCCACUCGACCUUUCCUUAUGAUAGGAGACCCACAACUCGUCAAAGAGAUUAUGAUAAAAGACUUUCAUAUAUUCGCCGAUAGAGACGACUUAAUAACUGGCGAUUCGCUUAACGAUAGGACACUAUUUGCCCUCAAAGGAGACGAAUGGAAAAAUAUGCGAUCAAUUAUAAGUCCAACGUUUUCGUCGGGAAAGAUGCGUUCAAUGCAUCCCAUUAUCAGUAAUUGUGUUAAGAAUUUGGAGAAACAGUUUGAGACAACUGUAAGGAAUGGGAAACAAGAAAUUGAAUUAAAGAAAAUGAUGUCAAACCUAACAAUGGAUGUGAUAUCUCAGUGCGCUUUCGGCACUAAACUAGAUAUUUAUGGCGAAAAGACCAGUGAUUUUAUAACAUAUGCUCAGAAAAUAGUCAACCCAUCGCUUCGUAUUUGGGUAGUGUUUCUGAUUGCGGUGUCGUUUCCAAAGUUUAUCAAAUGGUCGGGACUAUCGGUUCUCGAUCCCGGUUCCGGCAAAUUCUUCCGCUCAGCCAUCCGAUCGAUUAUAUCGCGUCGAAAAGCGGAUAAAACUAAACAAAGAGAUUAUUUACAACUAAUACUAAACGCACAAAACAAGACUCUGGACACGACUGACGAACCGGAAGUCGAGGGCGACAGAAGCGACCAGAUUUAUGGCAAAACGGAUCAAUUAAAGGACCAGAAGAUUAAUAAAUCAAAGAUAGAGAUCUCUGAAGACGACAUUCUGGCCACGAGUUUUCUAUUCUUUGUGGCCGGAUAUGAGACGACCGGUUCUCUCUUGACUUUCCUCUUCUAUAGUCUGUCAUUGGAUGAGAAAUGUCAACAAAAACUGUAUAAAGAAGUCCACAGUUUUGAUGGCAAUUAUAACUACGAAACCAUCGUUAAAAUGCCGUAUUUGGAGGCAUGUAUUGCCGAAACAUUGAGAAUUUACAAUCCGUUGGUCUUCAAUGAAAGAAUCGCUGCCGAAGACUACAAAUUGGGCGACACAGGAAUUACUAUUCCUAAGGGAACCACUGUUGACAUUGAUGUCCAGUCUAUACACCAUAACCCCGAGUAUUACCCGAACCCGGACCGUUGGGACCCUGAGCGUUUUAUGCCCGAAAAUCGUGAUCAAUUAGUGCCGUAUACUUAUAUGCCGUUCGGAAUGGGACCCCGAAAUUGUGUGGGAAUGAGGCCAAGACAGCGAUCGCUCAUUNUGCCGUUCGGAAUGGGACCCCGAAAUUGUGUGGGAAUGAGGUUUGCCUUAAUGGAGGCCAAGACAGCGAUCGCUCAUUUGGUCAAUAAGUUUGAGUUUUAUCGCACGGAAAACACAACGACUCCUCUAAAGCCAAAAAUGAUGCAAUUUUUGCUCAAUUGUGGAGAAGUGAAAAUUGGGAUGAAAUUAAGAAAAUAA